AUGAAUGUAGAUCAUAGUGUAGUACGAUACACCGAUACAAGGUUCUGUGGCAAUGAAUGUAGAUCAUGGUGUAAUACUGAAUCCCCUUUUCACUGCCAUCGUUAUUCUAUGAGAAAUUAUAAUGAUUUUGAUGCCUUGGAUAAACUAAAAACAAUUAAAAGACGAGUUUCAUUUAGGAGAAAUCAACAAGUAGAACCAAGAACAUGUAGAGGAUGGAGGGCACCGUGUAUACCUUGGACAUCUGAACCAGGAGAAGCAUGUUGUACUAGUGCAAAUUUAGUAUGUCGAUGUAAUUUAUGGAUGCAGAAUUGUCGAUGUGUCGGUCGAACCUGGGGAUGA